GCCAAGUUGGAUCUGAGUUGCGGCUGCCUUGGCUUUCAGUUGAUCGCGGAUCGUGGCUGUGUCAAGUUGCAUUUUGAAUUUUUAUAGGAAAUCGAAAGCUAACAGUGGAUAUAGCUGUGAUCAGUAAUGAAGUUGCUACCCUUGCCUUUAUUGGUCUUUCUAUUGACACCGGAACCCAAUGACGCGGCGCAAAUUUUGGGCUUGUUUCAACAUCCCGGAAAGAGCCACUUUGACUUCUUCCGACCCAUGUUCUUAGCCUUGGCUGGGAGGGGUCACAACAUCAGCAUGUAUAGCUAUUUUCCACUGGAGAAACCGGUGGCCAACUACACGGAUUUCGUCUUUCAAGGAAUGCCGCUGCUCACGGACGUGGUUGACUUAAGGAACUUUGAAUCGGAAUGGAAGCCCCUUGGACUUCCGUUCAAGGUGCCCACCUACUUUAUGCUUCACGAUUGGGGUCUGCGAUCCUGUCAGGUGGCCCUGAACUCUCCCCUCAUCACCCAACUGCUCCGGUCCCCCAUUCGAUAUGACGUCAUACUGCUGGAACAUUUCUCCAACGAUUGCAUGGCAGUGGUGGCCCACCUGUUGAAGGCACCUGUAAUCGCAUUGAGUAGCUGUGCGAUAAUGCCGUGGCACUACAAACGCAUGGGCAGUCCGUACAUUAACCCCAUCAUGCCCAUGAAUUUCCUGCCCUACACUGAUGAGAUGAGUCUGAUCGAUCGGCUGAAUAAUUUCAUUCACUUCCACACCGUAAAUACACUGUACAAUUUGAUUACCCAGCCAGCCACCGAUGCCCUGAUCGGUCAGAGAUUCGGACCCGGACUGCCACCUAUCAAUGAGAUCGUGAAGAAUACAAGUCUGAUGCUGAUUAAUCAGCAUUACGCCCUAACCGGACCACGCCCCUAUGCUCCAAAUGUGAUUGAAGUGGGCGGCCUGCAAGUGGGACCGAUAAAACCACUUCCACAACACCUGCUAGAUCUUCUAGAUCGAUCCCCCAAUGGAGUAAUCUAUAUCAGCUGGGGAUCCAUGGUAAACAGCAAUACCCUCCCUUCGGCCAAACGAAGUGCUCUUUUCCAAAGCAUAUCCCAACUUAAGGAGUACAACUUUGUGAUGCGCUGGAAAAGCCUAGAAUCUCUGGAAAGUAACAAGCCCUCCAACCUCUACACCUUCGACUGGUUGCCCCAAAGAGAUCUCUUGUGUCACUCGAAGGUCAAGGCUUUUAUCUCCCAUGGAGGACUUUUGGGCACCACGGAGGCGGUUCACUGUGGAGUUCCCAUGCUGGUGACACCUUUUUACGGGGAUCAGUUUCUCAAUUCCGGCGCAGUGAAACAAAGAGGUUUCGGACUUAUCGUUGACUUCGGGGACUUCGAUACGAAUCACAUAACCAGAGGACUUCGUAUUAUACUUGACAAAAAAUUCGCGGAUAGAGUUAGGCGAUCCACCGAAGCCUUUCGCCAGCGCCCCAUUCCCCCUCUGGAGUUGGCCACCUGGUGGAUCGAGCAUGUCAUAAAGUAUGGGGGGGCUCCACUUAUCCAAAGUGAAGCCAGACAUAUGAACUGGAUCGUCUACAAUUCCAUCGAUGUUCUCCUGUUCUGGCUGGGAAUCUUAUUUCUACUGAUUGUCGCCCCGUGGAAGCUUGCAAAAAUAUUCAUAUCAGCGCUUGGUCGGGGAAAAAUCUCUAAAGAUACAAAGGCAAAGACGCAAUAAGUGCUAGGUUCAAUGAACUUGAAAUUGGGACACAGCAAUUAAUGAAUGUCAGGAAAAUGGUUCGCUUGUCGAAAAAGCUUAUUGCAAAUAAAAUUAACUAAAUAUGUUACUAA